CUGGAAAUAAUGUGAAUGGGUUUAAAGUGCGCGGUGAAGGAGGAGGAGGGAGAGCGCGCCUGCGCGAGCCGAGGGGAUGAAGGGCGUUUGAAGGAGAGAGUGGACAAUAUAGCAGGGGACGAGGCCAGGCUCUCACACAGCGUCACCAGGCCCCACCAUCACCACCACACCAGUUUCCACAGGUCCAGCAUGACUACCUACUUCAGCUACCCCGACCAAGCCCUCCAGGAUGAGCUGCGCAGGAUUGCCAAUGCCAUCACUGCUAAGGGCAAGGGCAUUCUAGCAGCAGAUGAAUCUGUUUCCACAAUGGGCAAGCGUCUGGCAGAUAUUGGUGUGGAGAACACUGAUGAGAACCGACGCAAGUACCGUCAGCUUCUCUUCACUACUGACAAGUCUGUGUCCCAGUACAUUUCCGGUGUGAUCCUCUUCCACGAGACCCUCUACCAGAAAGCUGAUGAUGGAACACCCUUUGUUGAUCUCAUUAAGGAGAGGGGUAUCAUUGCUGGCAUUAAGGUGGACAAGGGUGUGGUGCCACUGAUGGGGUCUGAGGGAGAGAGCACCACUCAGGGUUUGGAUGACCUCUCUCAGCGCUGUGCUCAGUACAAGAAGGAUGGUUGUGACUUUGCUAAGUGGCGUUGUGUGCUGAAGAUUGGCAAGAACACCCCCAGCUACCAGAGCAUGCUUGAAAAUGCUAAUGUUCUGGCACGUUAUGCAUCCAUCUGCCAAAUGAAUGGGCUCGUUCCUAUUGUUGAACCAGAGGUUCUCCCCGACGGUGAACACGAUUUGGAUCGUGCCCAGAAGGUGACGGAGACUGUCCUAGCCUUCGUCUACAAGGCUCUUAAUGACCAUCACGUCUUCCUUGAGGGUACCUUGCUCAAGCCAAACAUGGUUACUGCUGGACAGUCCUGCCCUAAAAAAUACACCCCUGAAGAGGUUGCGAAGGCAACAGUGGUUACCCUUUCACGCACCAUGCCUGCCGCCGUUCCUGGAGUGACGUUCUUGUCUGGUGGCCAGUCAGAAGAGGAAGCCUCUGUUCAUCUGGAUGCCAUCAACAAAUGUGUUGAAGCCAAGAAGCCAUGGGCUCUAACCUUCAGUUACGGCCGUGCCCUCCAGGCGUCUGUGCUCAGGGCUUGGGGUGGCAAGGACGAUAGUGUUAAGAGUGGUCAGGAUGAGCUGUUGAAACGUGCUAAGGCUAACAGUGAAGCGGCACAGGGCAUCUACCAGUGGGGGUCGUGCAAGGGUUACGCUGCUGAUGCUGGGCUCUUCAUCAAGGACCACGCUUACUAAGUCACUCCACAAGACACAUGAAAGAACUGAAGCUCCACUUAUUGCUUCAAUUUAUUUUAAAGGGCUAUGUAAAAUAAUUGAUUUACCUUUACUGUGUUAAUCACGAAAUAGAUUGAUUACAAUAAUGUGGAAAUUCAACGUUCUCACUAUUUAAUUAACGAUCUAUGUAGAGGCAUCACCUGCAAGUCAUAAUUUAAAAUAAAUUUUGCUUGUGAUGCUGUGUUGUACCUGUAUUAAAUGCUGUUUUAAAAAAAAAUAUUGAGUUUAAAUAUUCAUAUUAAACAUAGUGUGCAUAUUGAAAGUAGGAUUGAAGUUAUUUGCUUCUGCUAACAUCUACAAUAAGGAAGCACAAUAUGAAGUAUAGGAAGAUAGCAUGGAGGAAACCCAGUAUUAGUUUCCCCCAUUCCUCGUAAGACCUACAUGUAAUACAAGAAUAUCUUUGUUUUCACUCUUGAACAGAGCCAUGGGAAAACAAAUAUAUAUAUACUUCAGCUUGUCUUAAUUUAUUUAAAACAGUUGGAAAUGGUGAUUGCAAAGAGAAUGAACUUCUAAUGCUAUUUCAGGAAUGUUGUCACUAGAGGGGGUUAUAUAGAAAAGCAGAAUAUAAAAAAAAAGUUGAACUGUAUCGACCACUACCAGAGAAUUUUUAGUGGUCAAGUGGAAACGAAGGUAUUUUUGAAGUAUAUUGUACUUUUAGAUACAUUAUGAGCCAGUUUGCAACUUCUAUGUAUUAGCUUCUGUGAAAAUUAUAAAAGGUUCAUUGAUAACUUAAAAUAUUAUAAAAGACCUUGAACUUGCAUGUUCCAAAACUGUAACCAUUUGAUCUUUGAGCCUUUUAUUUUUAGUCCCUUGCAAUAAAACCACAGCAGUGAAAAACUUUUGAAAUGUAUGUUGUUCACUGUAUUCGUAUGUAGUGCAGUGUUACAGGUAUUGCCAAGGGCAGUUAAAGAAGCAGGCAAAAGACAGACAUCGGGUGCUGCUCCUGCUAUGGAACCAGCAUCUGCAAGAGGCGAGCAAUCUGUACAUUUGUAUAUUGGUCUGGAAUGUGUAUGUUGUUAUAUAUUAUAUAUGUGAAACCUUUGCCAGAAAAUUUUAUUAAUGUUGUGUAUUAAAGAAUUGCCCCCAAAAAAGGCACGUGAUACUUUCUGAAAUAGAAUCAAGGUAAUAUAGGGAUAUUAUGCCAUGUUAUAUUGGGUGAACAUUUUCAGGCACACUUAUAUGUCUUAGGCCCUAGCCCCCUUCCCCCAUUUACAAGUGGACUUGACAUAAUGUUGAUACCAUCACAAGCUGUGCUGUAAUUAUAUGGUUAAUAUAGUAGGUAACAACCUCACUAACUUCAUCCAGGCAGGAAAUUAUUCACAGGAUAAAUUAAGUAACCUGAAGUUGGUGCACCAUUAACCCAGCUAAAGCCUGUUAACUACAGUAUUUGGCCAGCUGCAGAAAACUAGUAAACUGAACACAAACCUCUAAACUGUAUAACCAGAAACAUUGGCAAAGAAACGAUUUAGGAGUGAAAAUGUUCUAGUCAAUGAAAAAGGUAGUAAUGUGUUCAUUUUAGGUUAAGGGAGAUUUACAGAAAAUUAAUAAUUGGUUCAGGCUGCAUGAAAGGCAUUUUAUAUUUAUAGAUAAUGCUAAAAAUUCAACAUUAGGAUUAUUUUCCUGAGCAAAUGGUUUUCCCAAUCAUAUUUUUCACUUAUGAGAAUGCAAGAACGAAGCAGACAUGAAUUAUGAAUGUGAGGGUCAAAGUACUGAAAUAAAUGAUUCAUCACUC